AUGCAGGAUUUUCAUCAGUACACCAGCGGCAUGUUUGGCGAGUUUGCCUUGUGGCUCCACAGAUCCCCCUGUCUCAGGAUUCGUGCCUCAGGCCGAACCCUGUGGCAGCAAACUACUCCUGGCGAAGAUGGGCCUGCUGGAGAUGUCGAUCUUGAGCCGGCGCGAGGCCCCAAGCGGGCGCAUCCUCUCAUCUCGCGCAGACCUCAAACUGAUGAGGCGCGAGAGGCGCCGUUGCAGUUGGAGUACCAGUAUCGGAAGGGAGCAGACUACAUCGUUCAGUUUCUUCGGGAUCCCUGGAUGGCACAGGACCCUUUUGCCGUCGCUGCCGCUGCUAGUGCGAGUUAUCCGACGGCUUUGUCAGGAGCGGUUGCUGCUUUGCGAGACUUGGGUCCGGAGGCGCGUUCUUGUUUUGUUCGGCUAAGGGAUGAUAGAUUGCUUCAGGAUGAGGACAUGCAAUUGGAUGAUUCAUGCGUGGACCAGAGCGCAUCCAGUGAAGCCUGCAAAAGUCGCACUAGGUUGCCGCAGGAGUGUGCGCGGUUCUCCGAUCAGACAGUACACGAAAAGCCGUCGGACUUGUUGGCUGACCUCGUCGAGAACUUGCCGGCAGAAGAGGCUCUCAAUGAACAUCAGAAAUUGUUCUUGGUGCGAUUUGGUGUGAUCCUGGACACUGUGUUCUCGGAGGGCGGCUCCGGUAAGACUUACGUGGCGAAAUUGAUUUUUCCGGUCGUCUUGUUCAUCUGGCCCCCGGAGGAUGGGCUAGACACCUUACGGGCGGUGGCUGCCAAAACCUCUCAGGCCAAGAACACAUCCACUGCUGCUGUCACGGCGACUACCUUGCAUUCGGCGGCUUGCACGCGCGUGCAGAAGCUCGCCAACCCGAAAACGUCUGCAGGGGCCAAGGAGAGUAAGCUCAUUCGCAAUUGGGAAUCGUGUCGCGCGCGCAUUAUGGAAGAGAUCAGCACGAUUUCCGCACUGUUGUUUAACAUGUUGGACCAUCGCUCCAUGCUGGGGCAUCGUCGGUCGCAUCAUUUGUCCCCAGACGAGUAUCACAAGACGGGCAAUGCUUUCGGUCGCAUUCCCAUCGCGCUGCACCUUGGAGACUUUCUUGAGUUGCACCCCACUGGACAGCUUUCUGUAGUGACAAACUUGGAAGAGAAGGAUGAUGAUGGUAAUUACGUUUACAAUGAUGCGCCGUUGGAGGUGGCUCACGCGCAAAAGGUUUUCGGCCGGGCGCAUGAUGUUUUCGAGCUUCGGGGGACUAUGCGUUUCGUUCCUGGUGAUCCAUUGGUGGAAUUGCUCCAGCGCAUGCGCGCAGGUUUGCCAUUCCCGGAGGAGGUCUGGACCACGGUCUGGACUGCUUUCCAGGCGAGAUGCGUGUCUGCUGAUCAGGAUGGUGCUUCAGACGAGCGGCUCCUGCAAGAAAACUUCCGUUCUGGCUACGGCACGUCGAUUCACUGGAACAUGCUUACUCGUAUGAUGAAUCGUCGAACCAUCUUGGACGACGGUCGUUCCCAGGUGCCUCUUGACGAGUGUAUGACUAUGGACACGGCAGACUGCUUGUGUCUGGCGCUGAUUUCUGCUUUCUUCUGGUUGGAGAACUUGAGUGAAGGUAGUCCUGCGCAGCAGAGUAGCUCUUGGGAUGAGAACCAGGAGGAGGAUCAGCAGGAGUCACCUGCGGGGGUGAACACGUGGGAGGGCGCAUGGAAAAGUCACACGAGGUUGCCGCGUGAGUGUGCGCGGUUCGACGAGCAGACAGUAUAUGAAAAGCCGUCACACUUGUUAUCCGACCUCAUCCAGAACUUGCCGCCGCGGGAGGCUCUCAAUGAAGAUCAGAAAUUGUUCUUCUUGAGAUUUGAUGUGAUCCUGGACAAGGUGCUCUUGGAGGCCAAGAACACAUCCACUGCUGCUGUCACGGCGACUACCUUGCACGCGGCGGCUUGCACGCGCGCGCAGAAGCUCACCAACCUCAAAAUGUCUGCAGGGGCCCAGGAGAGUAGGCUCGUACGCAAUUGGAAAUCGUAUCGCGUGCUCACCAUGGAAGAGAUCAGUAUGAUUUCUGCGUCGAUGUUCAACAUGUUGGGUUUUCGCUCCAUGCUGGGGCAUCGUCGUCAGUCGCAUCAUUUGUCCCCAGACGAGUAUCAAAAGACGGGCAAUGCCUUCGGUUGCAUUCCUAUCGCGCUGUACCUUGGAGACUUUAGUUUGCCAUUCCCGGAGGAGGUCUGGACCACGGUCUGGACUGCUUUCCAGGCGAGACGCGUGUCUGCUGGUCAGGAUGGUGCUUCAGACGAGCGGCUCCUGCAAGAAAACUUCCGUUCUGGCUACGGUGCCUCUUGUGAUGUUGCAGCGCAGUGCGCGGACGAGUGUAUGACUAUGGACACGGACGCCACUCGUCGGUUUCUGAACGUGGACGGCAAGAAGUGCUUGGCGCAGGACACAGUGGCCACGAUUCUGGAUUUCGAGUUUCAUGAACAGGCGGGUUGGUUUUCAGAUUUCGCUGGCAAGUUCAUGACAAGUACGGCCUCGCAGGGACCGCCGGCCAGCAUACGAAGAUGCCUUCAGGUGUUUUCGAAUCGUGACAGUGUGUGGCGACGCGCUGCGGGCAAGCUGCUGAAGAACGUCGAGGAGCUGGUGUCAGAAGUUACCCAAAAAAGUUUUUUCUGGGAUGAGAAGGGUGAUGAGGAAUGGCAGGAGCCACCUGCGGAGGUGAACACGCGGGAGGGCGCACGCAAAAGUCACACGGGGUUGCCGCGCGAGUGUGCGCGGUUCGACGAGCAGACAGUAUAUGAAAAGCCAUCACACUUGUCACCCAACCUCAUCCAGAACUUGCCGCCGCGGGAGGCUCUCAAUGAAGAUCAGAAAUUGUUCUUCUUGAGAUUUGGUGUGAUCCUGGACAAGGUGCUCUUGGAGGAGCAAACCAAGGAGCCUGGCCAACGCGGUGUCUACCACAGACUUCUGCUCGGCCAGAGCAGUUCCGGCAGGACUUAUGCGGCGCAGAAGGUGAUCUUUCCGAUCGGCUUGUUUUUCUGGCCCCCGGAGGAUGGGCGAAAAACUUUACGGGCGGUGGCUCCCACAAGACUGCAAGCUGAAAUCGUAUCCACUGCCUCCGUUACGGCGACUACAACGCACGCAGCGGCGUGCAUGAAUGAGCAGGAGCUCACCAACGAUAACAUGAUUGCAGGGAUCAAGGAGCGCAAGCUCGUUCGCAAGCGGCGAUCCUGUCGCGUGCUGAUUAUGGAUGAGAUCACCAUGGCUUCUGCGUCGCUGUUCAGUAUGUUGAAUUUUCGUUCCACGCUGGGGCGUCGCAAGUCGCAUCAUUUGUCCUCAGACGAGUAUCACAAGACGGGAAAUGCUUUCGGCCGUAUUCCUAUCGCGCUGUACCUCGGAGACCUUUUGGUGUCGUGCCCCACCACGGAGCUUUCUCUGGCGACGGAUUUAGGAGACAAGAACAAGCACGGUCAUUUCGUUCACAAUGACGUGUCGUUGGAGGCAGCGCAGGCGACGAAAGUCUUUGACGAGGCACCGGACGUGUUCGAGCUUCGUGAGAGCACACGUUGCACGCCGGGGGAUCCUCUGUUGGAGUUCCUCGAUUGUACGCGCGCGGGUUGGCCCUUUCCGAGGGAGCUCUGGAGCGCCUUCCAAGCAAGAUGGGUGCCAGAAAUGCCUCCAGGCUUUCCAGAUCCGCGAUUGGCCAAUGAAUGUUAUCGUUCCGACUACACGGUGGCACUUCAGUGGGUCACGCUCACUCGUUUGAUGAAUCUCUUGAACGCUGAGCGUGGCUUGGAGCGGCACACCGCGGCGACGAUCUUGGAUUUGAAAUUCCAGGAAGAGGACUGGCAGCAGUUCCGUCGAACUCCUAUAGGCGGCUCCUUCUGGCCUCGUCAUCCUCCUUCUCAUCUCUGUCUUUCAAUUCACGGUUGGGGAGGAAAUGAGAACUGGAUGGACUGCAAGCACUUCCUCGAUCAUAGCGACUAUUCCCUCGAAGAAAUAGCGAUUCGCGCCCGGAGUGUUAUAUGUCACGUCGCCCUGCAAGGCCGAAUUCAGCUUGUUUCAUCAUGUGGCGCAGCGGCGUGGCUUUCCGUGACAUUCAGUGAAUCGCAGGGACUGACUUUGCGUCAGGGCACCGUCAUAGACUGUUCACGCGAGUUCACCGGGCUAGAUGAUCAUGGCUGGUGGUUGCGCUUGUAUGGGAUCUUCUCACGCUUGACUUCCUUCCAGGACUUCCUGUUGCUGCGACCUCCCUCUAAAUAUGUAUUGGGAGGAGGGCCGCCUGUUGACUUGCAGAAAUGCCUGCUGCUGUCUCUCGACGUGGUCUCCAGGCGUUGCUGCACGGCGCAUCCUGAGCUGCAGGGUUACGUUGUACUGGGCCGGGUGGGCGCAGGAGGUUUGUUCAUUUUCACGUUGUCCUUGCAAGAGGGUCUUUUUCCGGCAGGCAGGCGUCCUCUGUUGGCUGCGAACAUCAACGCGGCCACGCCUUCGUUCUGCCAAGCAUUAGCAACGGCUCUGGCGUUGAGCAAUUGA